AUGACAUACUUCUUAAACGAUAUCCACCCACCUUCUCCGAAUGAUAUCACUCCCACAUUCACAUUAUUGACUAAAGAAUUGUUUGACAAAUUUGACGGAGUUAGAAAGGACAGCCUUGGAGAUUUUCGAACUGUCACUGAGAAAAAAGCGUUUAUAAUUAAAACUUUCUUAAACACAUUUCGAACGCAUAUUGGUAAUGACGUAUACCCUUCAGCAAAGCUAAUAUUCCCGGAAAAGUCGGGCAGAAUAUACUUCAUUAAAGAAGUGGCAUUAGCGCGUCUUUUGAUCAAAGUCUACAAGAUCCCGAAAGAAUCGGAGGAUUACAUCACGUUGCACGAUUGGAACAAGCUGUACCAAAGGUCAAGACGAUUUUCCAUCGAUGAGAAAAAGAUUCGUGAUUUACCAUUGCAAGCAUCAAGGAUUAUUUCCAAAAGGAGACCAAUUGUGGAUAAUGUCGAAGAAUAUACCAUACCACAAAUCAAUUCUUCUUUGGAUCAGUUGGCAUUGGAAAAGCUGUCUCAAGGUCAAAUAGAUAUUCUUAAACCCUUAUUUGAUAAUCUAGGAAUUCCAGAAGUAAGAUGGCUAAUUCAUAUAAUACUUAAUAAAUCAAUUUUAACCAACAUGGAGAGGUUUUUUUUCAACACUUGGCAUCCAGAUGGCUACAGGGUGUUUAGCAUAUGCAAUGACUUACAGAAGGCAUUUCAGUUUUCUACAAACCCCGAUUUGAGACUAGAACCUCUGCAAUUGGCAAUACACCCUUGUUUCAAGUUUAAGCCCCAGUUGUCGGAAAGAUUGACGACCAGUUAUAAAACACUUGUGAAAAAGUUGCAAAGAAAGCAUGAGAUGGAUGUUCCGUAUGAGAAAAAAUUUCAAGAAUUGGGAUUGGAAAACAAAUUUUACAUUGAAGAGAAAAUGGAUGGCGAUCGUAUGCUUCUUCAUAAGGAUGGUGACAGCUUCAAGUUUUUUUCAAGACGCUUGAAAGAUUACUCUUAUUUAUACGGAGAAAGUUUCCAAUUUGGGGCUCUAACGAAAUUUUUAGCGCACGCUUUUGCUGGAAAUGUACAAUCUGUUAUACUAGAUGGUGAAAUGGUGGCCUAUGAUUACGAGCGGAAUGUAAUUCUUCCAUUUGGAACUUUAAAGUCGCUGGCUAUCCAAGAAAGUGUUAGACAGUUCACAACUAUCGACCAAUAUGAACAACAGACAGCAUAUCCAUUUUUCCUCGUGUUUGACGUUUUGUUUUUGAAUGGGAAAGAUUUAACCAAUUAUCCAUUAUUCUUCCGCAAAAACAUUUUGAGUCGAAUACUUAGGCCAAUACCCAAUAGAUUUGAAGUCCUAGAUACACGACUAGGUUCUUCUCCAGAAGAUAUCGAAAGAGCAAUCAGGGAAGUUGUUAGUAGUCGAUGCGAAGGUCUAGUAUUGAAGAACGUGCAGCUGAAAUAUGAAAUUGAUGGGUUCAGAAACCCAGAUUGGAUUAAAGUCAAACCAGAGUAUUUAGAGAAAUUUGGUGAGAAUUUGGAUCUUGUGGUGAUUGGCAAGUCUCCUGCCAUAAAGAACUCGUAUAUGUGUGGAUUGAAAAGUGUAACUGAUGGAGUUUAUUACAGUUUUUGUACUUGUGCCAACGGUAUAGAGAUUGAGGAGUUUGAUAAAAUCGAAAGACUUACUCAUGGAAAGUGGAUUAAAACGGAUACAACAAUGCCUCCUGAGCUGUUGAUUAAAUUCGGAACUAAAAUUCCCACUUUUUGGAUUCAUCCCAGUGACUCAUUAGUUUUGGAAAUUAGAGCCCGUUCAAUUGACACCCGAGCGGGUACCCUGUAUGCUGUUGGGUCAACACUACAUAACAACCAUUGCCGAAAAAUUAGAGAGGAUAAAACUAUUGAUGAAUGUGUGACAUUACAGGAAUACACGCAUAUCAAAGCAAAUUAUAUAAAUGAUUUAAAUAAGGCACAAACUGCAUUGGGGAAGAAGCGUGAGUCAAUGUACUCCUUAGAUAAUGAGCUGAAAUUAAAGAAAGUGAAGGUUGAGUCUGAUUUGUUUGAUGGGAUGGAGUUUUUGAUUAUGAGUGAUAAAAGAGAGGCUGAUGGUGAAGUUACUACCAUUGAAGAGAUGAAAGCAAUGGUUAAACUGUAUGGCGGAAAAAUUGUCAAUUCGAUUGAUCUUGCGACAAACUACCAAAUAGUGGUGAUCACUGAACGAGAACUUCCAGUAUCCAGUCAAUAUCUAAGCAAGGGAAUUGACUUGGUGAAACCAAUCUGGAUAUAUGAAUGCAUUCAAAGAGGAUGUGUUCUUCAACUAGAACCAUAUUUCAUAUUUGCCAGUAAAAAUUGGGAUAAUUUUAGAAAUAUGGUCGAUCAAUAUGGAGAUUCGUACAUUAUACACCAUCCGUUAAAUAUUGUUGUUCCCAAUCUAAGUGAAAGUGAACUUGAAGAGCUUCGCAAUAGUUUUGACUGGGGCGAACUUAAACCUUUGAUUUAUUUGUUCAAAGGAUUAUCAUUUUAUGUCUGCGGGAAUAACUUGAGUGCCCAGUUUUUAAAGGAACGAAUUAAGAGAUUUAGUGGAGAUUUGUCGAAACAUUAUACUGAAUGUUGUUAUAUAGUAAUACCUGAUAAACAUUCCAGACCAUUGAUACUUUCUGAAAUUGAUAAGAUGUCAAAUCAAAUUUCUCGUGAAAUGGUUAUUGAUGAAAAUGGUAGGUCUUCAAGAAUUCCAUAUUUUGUUACUGAGGCAUUCGUGCAGACGUCAAUUAAAAUGAAUUACAUUCCUGACCCUGAAGAUUACAAGUUUAGGUGA